CCAGCCGCCGCCUUGCCCUGUGCCGCACGGCCGCCGGGCUGGCCCCGGGUGAGCGGCACCGCGGGGCAUCGUGGUGGCCGUGGCCUGGCCGGGGGUGGGCGUCCCCCGUCACCACCGCACCUCGCCUCGCCGGCACGGUCGGCUCCACCACCCGCCCUCAAACUUGUUUUUCUGCCCGGCAGCUUCCUGGAGCCAAAUGGCUCCUGCCGGCCUGCUCCCUGUCUGCGGCCUGCUCUGCGCCUGGGCGGCCGCGGUGGCGGGACACCCCUGCAGCCUCCACAGCCAGCUCUGCAAGCGUAGUUAAUUAAGACAUUUGAACUUCUGGGCAGUCUCAGUCCAGAGAUCCUCCUCAGUACAGAGAGCCCAUCACAGACAGCAGCUCUUUCCCCAGGGAUGGGCCGACUGCAACGGGAAGAACCUUCUGUAUGCUCCGAGCUCCCUUCCAAGAAAUAUCACUGGCUUGGACCUCUCCUUCAACAGCUUGGUCAUGCCUCGUCAUGGGACACUUUUGAUGCAUUUUCCUUCCCUGCACUCCCUCAACCUCUCUGGCAAUGCCCUGCUCACACUGAGCCCCGCUGUCUUUUCCAACCUGGGGGCACUACGGCUGCUGGACGUGAGCAGCUGCAGCAUCACCUCUCUACAUACAGACACUUUCAAGGGCUUGGAAAGCUUGCACACACUGCUCCUAAGAAACAACAGUCUGCAAGAGCUGGAGGUCCCAUUCUUCCUGCCGCUGAGAGGUCUUCUCCACCUGGACCUGCGGAGCAACGCGCUGCUGUCCGUGGAUGCUUCAACAUUGCAGCUGAUGGAGGCUGUCCCUGAGGUCCAGCUGGAUGGGAACCCCUGGGUCUGUGACUGUGCUGCUCAUCCCUUGCAGCAGUGGCUAAAGCGCAGACAAGCCAUGCAGGUCACCUGUGCAUCACCCCCAGAGCUGUGGGGACAGGACAUCGCAGCUCUGGACUCCCAGGACCUGGGCUGCCAAAAAAAGCAGCGGUUUCCACGGGAUGUCAGCCCGGAGCAGCUGACCACAGCCACCCACAAUGACACCACCACCGUGCCUGUGGGGAAGGGAGGAAGGAGCUGGCCGUACCUGGUGGGCUUCCUGGUGACAGCCAUCAGCAUCUCCAUCCUGGUGGCGCUGGUGGCCAAGUGCAAGCUCUGCCACAAGAACUUCGUCAGCUACCACCACCGGCCGCUGCCCGAGACCAGCUCGAUUGGAGGCAACCCCAUGGAGGAAGGCCUGGGCUGGGACAGGGGCUCCUCAGGCUGGGGUGACGGCGAGAGCCACCCCAUGCCCAAUGUCACCGGCCUGCAAGCUGAGGAUGACGACGGCUUCAUCGAGGACAACUACAUCCAGCCCAGCGAGCAGCUGCGGGAGGAGGAGGAGGAGGAGGAGGAGGAGAGGCAGUCACACCUCUCCAUCUGAGGCUGCUGCCCCUCUCCAUCCCCAUGCCCCCAUCUCCUUCCUGCCUUUUCCACUUGCCCUUGGCUUUUGUCCCCAUGCGGAGGGGAGCAGGAGGGAAGGAGUGGGGAGAAGGGGUCCCCAUGCCCCAGUGUGAUGCCAGCGGGGCUGCACCGGUUUGGAGACACCAGACACGCUGCUGCUCUCCCAGCCCUGCUCGGGUGCUGAGGAGGAGCAGGACGGUGCUGACUGCAGCUGGACGAGGAGGAUUAAAAUGUGAUUAAAGCGUGAUUUAACCCUG